UAGGAGAUAGAUAAUCGUUGAUUGGUCUGUUCUUGUGUUGUGAGAACUGUCAUCUAGCAGACAAAAUAGAAACUACAAAUAAUGUUAUUUGUAUAUAUAAUAUGUGGUGUUCUUAAAAUAAAGUUAAUUUAGUCGUUUUAGAAAGAAGUUUGCCAUAAUGAUUUUUUAACGUACAUCAUUUAGCCAUUUAAUGGGUUAUACCCGUAGCAAAUUUAGAUAGAAAGAAUUUAUAUUUAACGUUGUGUGUGCGUGUGUUUGUGUUAAUUAUGGGAAAAACAAAAACUAUUAGCAAGGGUUGUCCUAAAUGUGAACAACAGGUACCCGUCGCUUGUAAAGCUUGUCCAUGUGGGCAUUCAUUUUUUAAUGCACGACGUAAUUCCAUCAAAAGUCCUCCUAGUCCUGACAAUGGAGUUAUGAAAACGAGAAGAACUAAUCGCAUCAAACGUGAAAAGCCAAAUUAUUAUGAUGCUUUAGAAUAUGAUAAACAAACGAAAAAAAGUUCUAAGAUAAGACGUGCUGCGGAUACCUCCAGUGAUAUAGAUUGUCGUCAAUUAAAUAAAAAGAAAAAAAGAAAAGGCAAAGGAAAAGGUAAAAAUGGUAGUAGUUCUGGAUUGGGCGAUGACGACGAUGAAAUGGAAGGAAUUAGUGGCUUAUCUCCUGAGAAACAGUUAACAUGUUCUCUUAUUUUACAAGAGCUUAAUAAUAAAAUGAGGGUAGUGGCAUGGAAGCCUUCAUGAAUUUAUCUGGGUGGAAGAUGUACAUAUAUAAUUAUGGGAUUAUAAGAUGUGUUUUGAUCGUACAAAUACUUUCGUCUAAAGAUAAUAACAUUAAAUGAAUGUCUUCGAUGUUUUGAAUAACGUCAAACACACAUCACAAAGCAAUAUAAUUUAAAUUAACAAAGUGAAAUAUUCUCUAUGUAUAUACAUAUUUUACAAAGAAAUAUUUUUCUUGUUUUUUUUUUGUCUUUUUUUUUUUUUUUUUUUUUUUCUUGUUCUUUUCUAUCUGUGAUUUUUGCUAAUAGAAUUUCUCUAUUUAUUCAAACUUUUUUCUACCAUUCUUUUAGGUAGAUAACACGUUAUAUUUAUAUCUCCAAAAUCAAUAAGACUAAUCUAAGACAACUGAUAAAAAACACAAAAGAAAUAAUUAUAUACAAAUGUAUAUAGAUAUAUGUAAUAUAAAAUGUGAAAUUGUGUAAAGGAAAGAUCAUUGUAAUGUAAUUAUCAUGUUUCAUUUUGUUAUCAAUGAAAGAUUUUGUACUUUAUAUAUGUGUGUGUAUAUGUAUAUAUAUAUAUAUGCAUAUAUAUAUACACACACACAUGUAUAAUGUAAUUAAUGAUGUAAUAUUGUACAUUAUGUGCGUGUAAAUAAUAUGUAAAUAAUAAAUUGUAAAGGCAAAUUGAAAUAAAAUCACGACGUGAUCUGUACGCUCGUAUUUUCAUAGUGUUCAAUAUUGAGUUAUAAUUUUAUGUGCGUGUAUAUAUAUAUAUAUAUAUAUAUAUAUAUAUAUAUAUAUAUAUAUAUAAUUUUUCAAGUUAAUAAUAAUAAUAAUAAUAAAAAAAAAUAACAACAAUAAGUUAGAAUAACAAGAACAACAAUAAUAACAAAUAUUCGAACUAGAUUUGAUUGAUCAUGCAGAACAACACGAAAAUUUAUUUCAAUUCGUCAAAUUAAUUUUAAAUGUAUGAAGAAAGUUGUUAUUCGAUAUGACUAUCAACAAAUUUAUAAGAAACAAAAAUUGUGUAGCGACAAAAAUGCUGCGAUUUAUUAGUUUUCUAAUACACGUUUACUCUCUCUCUUUCUCUCUCUCUCUCUCUCUUUCUCUCUUUCUCUCUUGUUCUCUCUCUCUCUCUCUCUCUCUCUCUCUCUCUCUCUCUCUCUCUCUUCAAAGAAUAUCACACUCU